CUUGUACCCUUGUGUGCGUCCCGUUUCUGCCUGAACAUUUCCAUAGCUGAUAUUUUAUUUUUUUUAUUUAAUAAUUGCCUGUGUCUGUCAUGCUCCACAGAAGAGGUGUACGUUUCUGAGCGAGAGGGCAGCGAUGCCACUGGUGACGGGACGCAAAAGAAACCCUUCAAGACUGUUUUAAAGGCUUUGAUGACAGCAGGAAAGGAACCAUUUCCAACUAUUUAUGUGGAUUCACAAAAAGAAAACGAGAGAUGGACCAUUAUUUCAAAGUCGCAGAUGAAAAAUGUCAAAAAACUGUGGCACAGGGAACAAAUGAAGAAUGACUCCAAGGAGAAGAAGGAGGCAGAAGAUCUCUUGAGGAGAGAGAAGAACCUGGAGGAAGCAAAGAAGGUUGUUAUCAAGAACGAUCCUAGUCUUCCAGAGCCAAAAUGUGUAAAGAUUGAUGCUCUAGAGGCUUACAGAGGCCAGAGAGUGAAGAUUUUUGGCUGGAUUCACAGAUUACGGAGGCAAGGGAAAAAUCUGAUGUUCGUUGUCUUGAGAGAUGGCACAGGUUUUCUUCAGUGUGUCCUUUCCGAUGAGCUGUGUCAGUGUUACAACGGGCUAAUUCUCUCAACGGAGAGCAGUGUUGCAGUGUACGGUACGCUGAACCCUGUUCCCGAAGGCAAGCAGGCUCCAGGAGGCCAUGAGCUGAACUGCGAUUACUGGGAGCUUAUUGGUCUGGCCCCAGCAGGAGGGGCUGACAAUCUACUCAACGAGGAUUCGGAGGUUGAUGUGCAGCUUAACAACAGGCAUAUGAUGAUUCGAGGAGAGAAUAUGUCCAAAAUCUUCAAGGUGCGCUCCAUGGUAGUACAGGCCUUCAGGGAUCACUUCUUUGCCAAUGGAUAUUAUGAAGUCACACCACCGACUUUAGUCCAGACGCAGGUGGAAGGAGGCUCCACCCUAUUCAAACUGGAUUAUUUUGGUGAAGAGGCAUACUUAACGCAAUCGUCCCAGCUCUACCUGGAGACCUGCAUUCCAGCGUUGGGAGAUGUUUUCUGUAUUGCUCAGUCAUACAGAGCUGAGCAGUCCAGGACCCGCAGGCACUUGGCAGAGUACACUCACGUCGAAGCUGAAUGUCCUUUUAUAAGUUUUGAGGAUUUAUUGGAUCGCCUGGAGAACUUGGUUUGUGAUGUAGUAGACAGAGUCUUGAAAUCACCUGCAUCAAGCUUACUGCAUGACCUAAACCCGGGCUUCAAGCCCCCUAAACGUCCUUUCCGACGAAUGAACUAUUCUGAAGCCAUUGAGUGGUUAAAGGAACACGAUGUGAAGAAGGAAGAUGGCACUUACUACGAGUUUGGGGAAGAUAUUCCUGAAGCUCCCGAGAGGCUGAUGACAGACACCAUUAACGAGCCCAUCUUGUUGUGCCGCUUUCCUGCAGAGAUAAAGUCUUUCUAUAUGCAGCGCUGUCAGAAUGAUUCCCGGCUGACUGAAUCUGUUGAUGUGUUGAUGCCUAAUGUUGGGGAGAUUGUUGGAGGCUCUAUGCGUAUCUGGGACAGCGAGGAGCUACUCGAAGGCUACAAGAGGGAAGGCAUUGAUCCCACGCCGUACUACUGGUAUACUGAUCAGAGAAAAUAUGGUACGUGCCCUCAUGGUGGAUAUGGUUUGGGAUUAGAACGGUUCCUAACCUGGAUUCUGAACAGGCACCAUAUCCGAGAUGUCUGUCUCUACCCACGCUUUGUCCAGCGCUGCAAACCUUAGCCAUCCGUGUGAUAAACUCCCAGAAAAUGGAGCAACUGGUGCCUGAUCAGGAAUGAUACACGCUGCUCUACUACAGCCUGUCUGAGAACAAGACUUGCCGCAACCUGUUGCUAAUACAAAUACUAAUUUAGAGUGUGAAAAGGGAAAGAAACAACCCCCUUUUUUAAGGAAAAUACUACUAAUUAACUGGAAGAAGCCUGAGAAAAAAUUGUUAGGCACAUUUAUGCGCUCAAGUCAACAUAAAUCAAAGAUCCCUGUAAGCUGUCAUUUAAAAAACCAGAUGCGCUUCUGCUUUUAAUUUCUGUGACUUAAAAGAAAAUAUGCUGGCCACUUGAGUGGUGUUUUGGGUUUUUUUAAAUUUGCAUUAAUUUUAAUUUGUUUUCUCUUGUGGUUUCUUGUUGGAGAAAUCAGGAGUUCAAGCUCUUUACAUUCCCAAAUACUGACCUCUGAGGGCGGUAUGAAAAGAUGGCAUCUAAGGAGCCCAGCCAAGUAUAAAAAUGGGAAUAAUGAUUUUAAGCGCUGCAGUUUCUAAUCUCCUGCUGUUUUAGUGGAUGUUCUGUUUGAGUUUACUCAGCAGCAAGGUAUGUAGGAUUGAGCACGGAAUUCCACUGCAAGAGACAUGGGUUGGGGUUUUUUUUCCCAAAUUCUUGGUUAAAGUGGUGAGGCUGAUGGUGAGGUCUGCUUGCAGCAGGCUUCCCGAUAGCUGGGGAUGACGCGCCGCAGCGGGUCCAUGCACACCCAGCCCACGCUGCAUUACAGUAGGAGGGGACGUUGUUAGCUCCUGGGCACUGGGAUCUUUGUGUGCCUUCCAAAUUGAGACUCUGCCUUCUGUUUCAAAGCAGAAAUGGCUGAUUGAAGACCCAGAGACAGUGGUAACUUUGAAAUCCAGUUGGAUUUCAGCGUUGUACACUGACUGGCUUGCUGUCCUCUCCAGGUGAAUUGUAGCUCAAGCAGGGUGUUCCCAACUCACGCUGAGGUAUGUUUUCAUAGUAGAGCAGUUCCAUGUUUCCUAGCUGGCUCCGUGCUCUCUUGUGCUGCUGCAUCCGAGCAGAUUCUCUGGCUGUAAUCAAGUUACCAAAUACAAUUAAUUAAAUAUUUUGGGUUGAGCCAUCUGUAUGCUUUUUAGUCAUAAAUAGAGCAGUCCAUAUUACUAGAGAGAAAAAAAAUUGGCAGGUGCAUCCCUUGCUACCUGCACUGAGACUUGAUCUGGAUCUGCCAUUCCUAGAAUUGUUGAGCUGUGCAGUACCCAUAUUUUUGUAAGAAGUGUUUGGUUUUCCUCAUCUUGCAUGUUAUGUCUAUAAACUGGUCUAAAUCAGCAACCAAUAAAUUAUGGCAACAC